UGCUCUCUCUCGCCCUCUUCUUUGGCAAAAGCGCAGCUGCGCGCUUCGCUUCUUUUCCUCUCCUGAAGCGCAAAGAUCCACAUGACGACAGAGUCGGACGCGUUCGGAGAGAUAUAAAGACGGAGAGCCAAAGACAGGCAGGACAACAAAAAAAAAAAAAAGAAACUUUCUUCUCCUUUUUUGUUGCGGUUUGUCAAGUGAUGGACCAUGGCUGCAGAUGCAGAGCUCACCUUUUCCAGCACUUUGGCUGCCUGGACAAAACAGUAAAGUGUUUCUGACUUAAAUAUUUACAAAAAAAGACAUUUUUAUUCAUAUCAUCAACCUGAAAGACAUGGAUACUUUGAGAAACGAGACAGCAGUGAACAUCGAGUGCGUCACCGGCGCGCUGAUGGAGCAGCUUCAGAGCAGAGCGGGUUAUAACGGGAGCCUGUUCACCGAGAACAUCUCCUGCGUGAACCCAUCCACGCUCCCGACGCCGCAGCGCGUGAAGCACAGAGAGGAAGACCACACGCUUCGGAUCCUGCUGUACUCGCUCAUCUUCUUCCUCAGUGUAUUUGGGAACCUGCUCAUCAUCGUGGUCCUUACCGUCAACAAGCGAAUGCGCACCGUCACUAACACCUUCCUGCUGUCGCUCGCCAUGAGCGACCUGAUGAUGGCCAUCUUCUGCAUGCCCUUCACCCUCAUCCCCAGCAUCCUCAAGGACUUCAUCUUUGGAGCAGCCAUGUGCAAGAUAGUGUCCUACCUGAUGGGCAUAUCAGUGAGCAUCUCCACGUUUAGCCUGGUUGCCAUAGCAAUCGAGCGCUACAGUGCCAUUUGUAACCCCCUGAAGUCACGGGUGUGGCAGACCCGUUCCCAUGCCUACCGCGUGAUUGCUGCUACAUGGGUGCUGGCCUUCAUCAUCAUGGUCCCCUACCCAAUUAUCAGUCACCUGGAGCCUUUUCAGGGGUCUGCCAACACCACAGCGCACAAGUGUCGCCCCAAGUGGCCCAUCCAAACUGCUGAGCAGACCUGGUAUGUCAUGCUUCUGCUGAUAUUGUUUGCCAUUCCUGGAGUGGUUAUGAUUAUUGCCUACGGACUGAUCUCCAGGGAACUUUACCGAGGAAUCCGGUUUGAGAUGGGCCAGAAAAAAGACUCUACUGAUGUGAAGAAUGGCCUGACUUCAACCGUGUCUAAUGUUAGCGACGAUGGAGAUGGCUGUUAUGUGAAUGUGGUCCAGAGGCCGCACUCAAUGGAAAUGUCCUCCAUGGCUGCAUCAAUCAGGCAGGUCAAAGCCGAUAGACCACGCAGCAACACGUCAGAGGCCAAGCUGGAGGCCAAGAAGCGAGUCAUCCGUAUGCUGGUGGUCAUCGUCGUCCUUUUCUUUCUCUGCUGGAUGCCUCUGUACUGUGUCAACACCUGGAGGGCUUUUGAUGACCGCUCCGCCACCCGUGCUCUCUCAGGAGCGCCUAUUGCUUUCAUCCACUUGCUGAGCUACACCUCCGCCUGCGUCAACCCCAUCAUCUACUGCUUCAUGAACACCCGCUUCCGCAAGGCUCUGCUCGCCACCUUCUCGUGCUGCGGCUCUCCGUGCCGUCACUGCUGCCGCCGCCGUGGGCUGCGCGACAUCGAGGAAGACGUUAUGGCAACGGGGGCCUCCAUGUCAAAGUUCAGUUACACUACGGUCAGCACCAUGGGAAACUGCUGAGAGAUGUGAACACAAUCCAGAAGGGACAGUUACCACGGCAACACAGCAUCCCACAACCUUUGUUUCAGGCCAACACUGUGCUCAUUGGGACAGUAAUGUGAAGAGGUGAAAGGGACCAUUUAUUGUAGCAGUAAAACAGCUUCGUCUAUAACUGUGAGUAAAGGUAUGUAGAGAUUAUCCAACAAAAGUCCGUUUUACAGUGUAAAUACACACAUAUAUGGUGUUGAUUGAAAAACUUUGUGUUGUUUGUCACCGCCGACCAAGAAAAUUGUUCACUUGGAAGUUUACAGUAAGAUGUCUGUGUGGGAGUGUGUAAUGUUGCACUGCUAAAGGAAUUCUUAAUGAAGUCUAUAUGUUGCUAUUUAAAACUUUUAUAUUUGGCUGUUAGUUGCUGGAGUGGCUCUGUGUUGAUGUAGGUAAAGCAGCUGCCUUGUGGACUAAGUGCCUGCUUUUAAAUAGUUGCUGCAUUCAUUUCAUAUUGAUCUGUUGUUCCUUGUGAAAUAGCUGCGGGGAACCUGUAAUUGUGAGUUUAGAUCUUGCUUUUUAAGUGUAUUCACUACAGCUGGUUGGUGGGCCCUGUUACAGAUGUUUUAAAGGCAAUUCCAGAGACUUUUUAUGAACUUGCUCUCCUUGUUGAGGAGAGUUGGCAAGAACUUUGAGCUACAUCUGCUUAACUUUGCAGUUUAGCUAAAGAACUUGGAAUGUUACCCUUAAAAACAUUGUUUUUUUUUGUGCUGCUCUGGAAGAAUUCUCGUUAAAAACCUUAUAGAAAAGCUUUCAUGCACUGACUUAUUUCUGACAACAACUUCACAUCCUUUCUUGCAUUUAUGGAAAUGUGUCACAAACACUAAAGAUGGACGAAUAUUAUGAAAUGUUUUGAUCUUUUAUUGAUAGUAUAAAAUAAAAUCUGUUUGAUCCAAACCCAUUGACUGUUUAUGAGAACUGGACCGAGUGCGAGUGUGACGUCACAAUUAAGACAAUUCAGUCUCCUUAUUUUUUGCAAUAUGGAUGCCGCCAUUUUGAAACCAGACGUUGUCAGUUUAAGCCUUUCUAUGGCAGUCACUCUCACCAAUCAGGAGUGAGCUUGUUGGAAGUCCAGACCCCCACUACUUGACAGUGGGCUACAUGAAAUUUAUCAAAUACUUGACAUGAGACCCCAUGCUUUUAUUUAGGCAUCUGAUUGGCCAGUUUACUGUUUCAAUACAUUGUACU